CAUUGACACUUUUCUGUUUAGAUUUCUGUGUACGACCGGAAUUUUACAGGAAGUCGGUUUUUGCGACAUUAAGACGAAUUUAUCACAAUUAUGGCCCUGAAUCUUGUAAAAAUAGGUGUCACUGCUGGUUUCGUGUUGGCAACUGGUGGAUAUUCAUUGUGGCGUUACAGAAGACAAAUUGAAAAACUGUUAACGGACUUCAUAGAGUGGGUGAACGUGAAAAUAACACAUGUGGCAAACUACGCUAAGGAAAUGUUAAGAGGUCUUGCAGUAGCGACAAAAAAUAUUGUACACACGGCCACAGAAUCAUUAAGAAGACGGUGGAAUUCAAUGAGUCCAGAAUCAAGAGGUAUGGUGACUGAAGCGACAAACAAGGUAAUACAAGCUGGAAUCAGUGCUGCACUUGAUGUUGCUGAGGAGAAUAUUCGACAGCUAUUUCCAGAAAAUUCACUAGAGAGAAAAGUUUUUAAUGACGUUAAGUCCGGGCUUCAACGAUUACAAAAUGAUAUCAAUGGGUCAGUUACAAGAUGCUUAAUUUAACAGACAGAACUCUUAAAUAUAAUUUAUAAAGCUUUGAUUUUUGAAGAAAUUGUAAUCAAAUGUAAUCCAUAUUCUGACUAUAUCUCGAAAUUAUUUAUUUCUCUGGAAUAAAAUAGUUAAAUAAAUUAAGCUAUAUUUCUGGAA